AUAUUUGCGUACACAGUAGCAUUACACAUACCACACGGUGUAGGCGUGGACAAUUAGUGGAACAGUUCCUUGGAUAUAGGUUAUUUUCACCAAUAAGGAAUUGAAAAAUACCUAUUUUCCCCAUUCCCACGGGGGUGUAGAAAAGGAUGGAAUACUCGAGGGACCUUAUUUGGUCCUACUGCAGCAACCCUGGGGCCGGUAAUUGCAAGGACGAGAUUCUUGCGAUUGUGGAAUCUCGAGCCAUGUCACUUUUCCAAAGAUCAAAGUUUCAAAACUUGCUGAAACAAAUGGAAACAAUCAUGGACAAAUGCAUAGAUUGUCGAAUACUGGCCCAAAUCCUCCUUCUGUUGCAAGAACUACUACCCAAAGCCAAGCCGGAAAUUGCCCUUGUAUGGAAUGCAAACCCCGAACGGAAUUUAAACUACAAGAAUUUUGCCCAUGAGAAAAAAGGUCAAAAGAUACGGAGUUGUACGAUGUGUCAUUUAGUACAAUCCAGCUCAGACUACUUGGAAAGAGAACUGGGCAAUAAAGGUCCAACCUCAAUUUUCACGGGUGAAUCUACGAAUUCUAAAGAGAAACGGGACAACAAAAAAGUCGAGGCAGAUGAAGACCAGCCCCGUGAUCUCUUCCUAAACUGCGUUCUCUGUAGAUCUACAGACAUCAAGAGAAUCGUCCUGUCCUGUGGUCACCCCAUUUGCAGAGCAUGUGGAUUGAAGGCUAUUGACAAAAUCAAAUCUUCUCCAGAAUCAAACCACUUCAUUUGUCCUGUGGAUCGCAACUUAUGUGGACUAGCAUCGUUAGAGACAAAAUUAGGCAAAGUGGUUGAAAAGCCAGAAGAGAAAUCACAUCAGCGACGUAGCCGUUCGACCAUGAGCAGCAGUAUGAGUAGCAGUAGUUCGAAAGAUGAUUUAGAAACUACUUAUCAGCAAACCAAGGAUGAGGUGGUCUGUCCUCGAUGCAAAGCAAUAGUUUAUCUAAAUUCAAGUCACGAGAGGCUGGCAGAAUGUCUUUCGUGCAAACUUUGUUUCUGUUCCAAAUGCUUUCAACCUUUUCAUGGAAAUAUGACCGACUGUUCCACGACACGUGGGACCAAGGGCGUGGGCGUCGAGAAAACAAAAAAAAUAUCAACUUCAAGUUCCAGCAGCAGUAGCGCUAAUAACACAAUGGAUCACCACCAUUCGGAGUCAGGAGCUAGUGCCAAGCAGUACGAAAUAGAUUUCUACAAAGACUCGAGCCAUGAUUUAUUCCGACCAAAUGAAAUUCAGGCUGCAUUUCAACCAGUCAGCGAUUGUCAAUUGGUAGCAGCUCGUGUUUCUGAAUGGCCGUGGGAAGUUGGCUCCGUAGGACUGACCCCCUCCCUCCAGUACCCGUCUCCAUAUGAAAGCCUUCGGGUUGGCCAUUGGGUGGAGGAUGAGAUUUUGGAACGAGUCAUGCAAAUCAUGAUUCACCAAAACCAGCUUCAAGAGGUAGUCGUCGUUCUGGAAAGUUUCGUAAUGACUUGGGGCCUUCGUAAAAGUCAGGGAGCAGAUGAACUUGCAAAGAUAUUGCAAGAAAAACAGAUAUUUGAAAAAGAUUUGGCGUUUGUCCUAAUCAAUUCUGAUGCCAAAGGUCACGGGGGCCACUGGAUUUUAGGCGUAAUAAUUAUCCCCAAACAGAAAAUUUUACUCUUGGACUCGGCUCUCGUUCUGUCAACUACGCACUAUCAAAAGUUUUUCUUUGGACUCUUAAAUAUCCUACACAUUGCACAUAAAGUUCAAGAAUGCAACAACAAGGACGUAUUUGAUCCAUCCCAAUGGAAGCUUUUUGUUAGUUUGGACGCUAUUCAGCAGAACAAUGCGUACGAUUGUGGACCUUGUGUCGUCUGUAAUGCGUUUUCCUUAGCCACCUGUGGAACUCAGUUGGACAGAAGACCAAAGAGUUUUUUGGUUCGAGAAUGGCUUUACCACACUUUGGUAAAUUUUAAUGCGAAGCAAGAUGAUAAAAGAGUUGGUACAAGAUCAACUGGUGGUCUCACUUUUCUUGACACAGAGCUACCUCGCAAAAACAGUACAUUUGCUCCAUCCGGGCUUAUCAUUCGAUUCAAGUUUUUUCAAAAUUCUAAAUUAGCCUAAAUGCUUUAAAUAAAAAUUACGUAUCAAUUAUUUGAAA